AUGGCGAGCGCAAACAUCACGUCCUACGACCUCCCGCCGCUUCCCGAAUACACCCUCGAGCCCCUUCAGCCUCUCACAUCGUGGGUCUCCGAUGCAUUCAUACAAGCCGCACUGCCUGUCGUCGGAUACUGGGUCGUCUCUCUGGUUUUCCACGUCAUUGACGUGUACGACUUCUUCCCGCAGUAUCGGCUGCACACGCCAGCAGAGGUUCUGAAGCGCAACCAUGUUUCACGCUACGAAGUGCUGCGCGACGUCAUACUCCAGCAAGUCAUUCAGAUUCUCGCAUCCUUCAGCCUUUCUUUAAUCGACGAGGCGCCGACAACCGGCAAAGCCGAGUACGAUGUGGCCUGGUACGCGCAGAAGCUCAGACUUGCCCAGCGCGCGGUUCCUUACGUCUUGUCCGCGGUAGGCGUCAACCCGAUCGCGCUGGCUUCCAAGGUCGCUACCUCGCAACCGAUACUUUCUUCCGUUGUCAUCGGUGGCAAAUACCCCGCGCUGCUGCAGACAGCGACAGUUGCGGGCGAGCAGACUCUCGUCCCCGCCUUUGCUUCUUGGGAAAUGGCCGUGGCUAGCUUUGCGUACUGGUAUGCCAUACCUGCCAUCCAAUUCAGUGCUGCCAUAGUCAUCAUGGACGCGUGGGAGUACAUGCUGCACCGUGCCAUGCACCUGAACAGGUGGUUAUAUGUAACGUUCCAUUCGCGGCAUCACCGUCUCUAUGUGCCAUAUGCCUACGGCGCUCUGUACAACCACCCGAUCGAAGGAUUCGCGCUCGAUACUCUGGGUGCUGGCUUGAGCUAUCUGCUUACCGGCAUGACAAUGCGACAGUCGAUGUGGUUCUUCACUGGCUCUACCAUCAAGACAGUGCUUGAUCACGGCGGUUACGCAUUCCCCUACGACCCUAUCCACUGGAUCUUCCCCAACAAUGCCGCUUACCACGACAUUCAUCACCAGAGCUGGGGUAUCAAGACAAACUUUUCGCAACCCUUCUUCGUAUACCUCGACCGACUUGGCGGGACAAUGUACAAAGGCGAUGUGACUGCCAAAUAUGAGCGUGCUCGUCUUACAGCACAGCAGAAGGUCGACCAAGAAAAAGAGAACGAAGCUACCGCAGUACCCAUGUCGACCGCGGCAGCCUCGGGCCUGACACAGGACGAGGGUGUAGUGCCACAAGGCGCAUCGACACCUCGCAUCUCGCGCAAGAAGGCUAGCAGCAUCUCAUCAACGGCUGGCACAAAUUUCAAAGAUUUGACGAACAAGGUCAAUCAAAACCUGCACGGCAGGAGAGCCAAUGUUCUGGGGUUGGAAAGCUCACAUUAA